GUUUAAAAUUUAAACUAUGCUGUCUACAUACAGUAAUAUAAUUUAAUAUUCUACAGCUAUUAAGUAUAAGAUAAAUACAUAACUGUAAAUUGAGUGAAGGACGAAGUUGGCUAAGUCUUGAGAUAUGAAUUCUGGCACGAAGAAAAUGGAUUUAAAUCCCACAGGUUUAUGGGUGACCUUUUUUACAGCUGCAGGUAUUCCAUCUGAGGUUGCAGCAACAUACGCCCUAACAUUUACUGAAAACAGAAUUCAGAAUGAUAUGUUGUUAGAUUUAAACAAAGAGUACCUCAGGGACAUGGGGAUAGUAAGAAUGGGAGAUAUUAUUGCCAUAUUGAGGCAUGCCAAGCAAGUACAUGAAAAUACAGCUAGAGAUAAAGUACUAAGCACAACAAUAGUCGCAAACAAAGUCCCCGUAGCUGCUAUUGCAGGCCGGUCUACUGUAUCACAACCAUCAUCACCGGCAACCCGAAUACUGGAGCACUAUACACGCAAUCGAGACCCUUCACCCAUUGCAGUGCAAAACAAAAGAAAAUCAGAUGAGUUUGCACCCGAAGAAUCGGCCGUAAGCAAUAAAAAAGCUAGGCUUAUAAGGUUUGCUAACCCUCCUAAAGCAACAGCUACAUUGCCUGUUAAACUAUCAUCUCAAAGUAAAACAGUGUUUGCUCGACUCGGUUCAUCAGAUCCUAAACUCGAAGAAACACAAAAGGAAACAAAAAAAAUAUUUGCUCGUCUCGGGUCCAAAAACGCAGUUACUGAACCAAUACCAAAAGAUGCAUUAAAAUAUGAAGGAAUAUUAAAAAGCCAACCAGUAGCAAAGCGAUCGUUUACAGUCACAACAAACAAGAAUAAUACAAGAACUUGUGUGGGAACGAUGAGGGCAGAUGAGACACCGGUCAGUGCUAAGGAAAAAUUGUCAUUGGCCAGAGCUAAGUCGGUUAAAUUUUCAAACCGUGUAGAAUAUAAAGAAAUAGAAAAUGUGCAAAAACCUCUGGUUAAAUUCACUUCAGUUUUUAAUAAACCGGAGAGACGGUUGUCUAUGCCCGUCACAAAUACUGUCAAGGCUAGACUUGGUGUUAAAAAGGAUAAGAUUGCAAAUAGUUUGUUUAAUAGGUUAGGUGCUGGAUUUAAUUAAGGUGCUUAAUUCAGAUAUUUUUUUAUCUUACCUAAAAUCAGAAUAAUUUAAUGUUUUCUUUAAAAUGCCGCAAUAAAUUCGUUUCUAUGAAAGGAAGUGUAUAAACGCGGAUUUCUUUCUUAUAAUUUAUGUGAAGCAUUUAAUAUUUAUCUAUAUACUAUUUCACAUUACUUCACUUAAAUUAUUUGAAACUCAAAAGUAGUCGUAAAAAAAAACAUUAAAUUAUUACACAAUGUACAAUGAAUGUACUGUUGAAAAUACUUUUUUUUGUGAUAAAUUGUGGAAUACA